AUGGAUAAAAUAAAUAAUAACAAUAAAAAGAUAAAUAGAGCUAAUAUUAGCUCAUUUAUUUUAUUUUUUAUAUGUAUAUUAUCAAUUGGUAUAUUAUUAUUCUUUAAUGGGUUCUUAUUGAUGAGAUUUGAACUACCAUUAAAAAGUCAAUGUAAUCAAUCACCAUUACCAAAUUAUGAUGCUAUCAAUAAUAAUAAUUUAAAUAAUAAUAAUAAUAAUGGAUGUUGGAUGAAUAAAACCUAUAAUAAAGCAGUUAUUGUAGUGAUUGAUGCAUUAAGAUAUGAUUUUGUAGCUAGACAACCAAUUUCAAAUGGCAGUAGUGGUGGUGGUGGUGAUUCAACUUCAAUUUAUUUUCAUAAUAGAUUAACUUCAAUUCAAAAUUUAAUUGAUAAUAAACCUGAAAAUUCACUAUUUUAUAAAUUUGUAGCUGAUUCACCAACUGUUACAAUGCAAAGAAUUAAAGGAAUUACAACUGGUUCAUUACCAACAUUUAUUGAUGUUGGUUCAAAUUUUGGUGGUGAUGCAAUCGUUGAAGAUAGUUUAGUUAAUCAAUUAUCAUUUUUUGAUAAUCAUAAUAAUAAUAAUAGCAGCAAUAAUAAUCAUAAUAAUAAUAAUAAUAAAAAUGAUAAUAAUGAUAAUGAUGAAAAAGUAGGAAAAUUUAGAAAUAAAGUAAUUUUCAUUGGUGAUGAUACUUGGGUAGGACUUUUUCCGAAUCAUUUUUAUGCAGAGUAUCCUUAUCCAUCAUUUAAUGUAAAAGAUAUUGAUACUGUUGAUAAUGGUGUUUUAGAACAUCUUUUACCAACAAUUACAAAAUUAAAUGAUGAAUGGGAUGUUGCAAUCGCUCAUCUUUUAGGUGUUGAUCAUGUUGGUCAUACCUAUGGUCCUUAUCACCCUGAAAUGAUUAGAAAAUUAAAUCAAAUGGAUGAAUUCCUUUUAUCUAUUAUAAAUAAUAUUAAAAAUGAUACUUUAUUUAUAUUAAUGGGUGAUCAUGGUAUGACAACAGAUGGAAAUCAUGGUGGUGCAUCAUUAUUGGAGACUGAAGCAGCUUUGUUUAUGUAUUCACCAGGAAUAAAGAUUAAUAGUUCAAAUAGUAUUCCAAAGGAAAUUUUAAAAUCUAGAUUAUCAUCAGUACCAUUUGAUCAUUAUGAUAGCAAUAAUGAUAAUAUUAAUAAUAAUAAUAAUAAUAAUAAUAAUGACAAUAAUCAAAUAGUACGUGAUAUUAGUCAAAUUGAUUUAGUAUCAACAUUAUCAUUAGCAUUAGGUGUACCAAUUCCAUUUGGUAAUCUUGGUAGUAUAAUUCCUGAACUUUUCUUUAGUAGUGGUGGUGAAAAUAUUGAAAAUCAAUGGAAUAAUUUAUUUAAUGCAUUAAGAAUUAAUACUUUUCAAAUUAAAAGAUAUAUUGAAGAAUAUUCAAAAAUUUCAAAAGAAUUUCCAAUUUCAAAAUUACAACAUUUUGAUCAACUUUUAAAAACAACAGAAGAUUUAUUUAAUAAAUAUCAAAAUAGUGCUACCAAUACCAUUAAUCCAAUUGAUAUCUAUAAAGGUUAUAUUCAAUAUCAUCAAGAAGUAAUUGAAUUAUGUAGAAAUAUUUGGGCAACAUUUGAUUUAUUCUCAAUGGAUUGUGGUAUAUUGUUAAUUUUAUUAUCAAUUAUUUCAAUCAUAUUUUUUAUUGUAAAAUUAAUUUCAAUUGGUGGCGGUGCUGCUGGUGCUGGUGAAACUAUUAAAUUCCCGAUAAAGUCAAUUGGAAUUUCAAUUGGAUUUGGUUUAAUCAUAUCAACUAUUACAAAUAUAACAUUAUCAAAAAUGAAUUUAUCAGAUAAAUAUUCAUCACAAACAAUUACACUUACAAUUCCAUCAAUAAUUUCAAUAAUUUGUUUUAUUUAUAAAUUAAAAUCUAUACCAAUAAUAUCAACAACAACAACAACAUCAUCUUCUUCAAAUUUAACAUUUAUUUCACAAUUAAAAUCAUUUUAUUUAUAUAUAAUUAAAUCAAUUUCAAUUUUUAAAAUUAUUACAACAAUUUUACCUAUUGCUACAUUUAUUUUACAUGGAGUAUCAUUUUAUUCAAAUAGUUUUAUAGAAGCUCAACAAGGUGUUGUUUACUUUUUCUUGGUUAGUAAUAUUUUAUUACUUUUAAUAAAUUCAUUUAAAAAUAAAUUAAAAUGGUCAUUAAAUGAUACUUUAUUAUCAAUUGGUACCUUUAUUUCAUUAUUUUUAUCAUCACCAUUAAUUUGGAAUUUUAAAUUCUCUUCAUUAUUUAUACCAAAUUUAAAUGAAACCAAUGGAGAUAAUAUUUUUUCAAAUCUUUUUGAAACAUUUUGGGUAUUACCAUUAAUUUUCAUAUUAUGGAGAAACAUUAUUUUCAAACAAACUUCAACAAUUUCAUCAAUUUCAACAACACCUUUAAUUCACCAAAUUUUAUUAUCAAUUUCUUUGAUUUCAAUUUCUUUAUAUUGGUAUAUUAUUCAACCAUUAAUCUCAUCUAAUAAAUAUCAAUUUAAUUGGAUUGAAAAGAGUAUUUUACCUUGGAUAGUUUAUUUAUCAUCAAUAAUUGGUUUAUACUAUACCAUAGUCAAUAAUAAUAAUAAUAAUAAUAAUAACAAUAGUAGUACCACCAAAAUUAAUAAUCCAGUUGAAAAAUUAUUAAAAAGAUUGGUUUAUAUUUGUUGUUAUUUCUAUUUAGUAAUUUUAUUAUUACUUGGUGUUGAAAAUUCAAAAUCAACUUUAUUAAUGUUAUCACAAGCUAUUUUCAUUGCUUAUAUAUUAAUACCAACCAAUAUUAAUAAUAAUAAUAAUUAUUAUUUUAAAUUUAUAGUUUUAUCAAUUAUUUUUGGAUUUUUAUCAAUUAAUGAUUUCUUUACAAGUGGUCAUGAAUAUUCAUUUAAUAAAAUUCAAUUUGAAUCAGCAUUCAUUGGUUUUGAGAAUCAUUUCUAUUUAAGAGAUGGUUUAUUGGUUUUAUUAAAUACUUUUUCAUCACCAAUAUUUUUCACACUUUCAUUACCAAUCGUUAUAAUUUAUACUCGUUUUUAUAGAUUAUUAAAAAUGAAACAAUUGGUUAUAUUAUCAAAUACAAAGGAGUUGUUGGAAAUUGAUGAAAAUGAAAUUCAAUCAUUUUUCAGUCUAAAGGAUUUAUUAAUUUCAUUCCUUUGUCAAUUGGUUUUCUAUGGUUAUCAAACAUUACAUAUUUGUAUCUCAGUUUAUGGUUUACGUAGACAUUUAAUGGUUUGGCGUGUUUUUGCUCCAAAAUAUAUUUUUGAAAGUAUUCAAUUAUUAAUUGUUUCUUUCUUUAUAUUAUUUUUAUCAAUAUUAAUAUCAUAUUUUAUAAAUUUAAAUCAAAAAAAGAAUUUAAUUAAAAUUAAAUAA